AUGGCUACCGUCGACAUUCCCAGACAGCAAAAAGCCGCUGUCAAGGUGGGCAGUGGGGAGGAUGCAAAGGCUCCAGUCCAACAGGUCGACGUUCCCACACCGGGACCGGGAGAGGUGCUCGUCAAGAUCAACUGGACUGGUCUCUGUGCUUCUGACAAGUCACUCAUCCACGACGAAUGGGCCGCGUUCGGAGUAGCCAUGCAGCCCGCGACCAAGGGCAUCGCAGGCCACGAGGGCGCCGGUGUCGUCGUGGCCGUGGGCGACGACAUGCACCACAAGUGGAAGGUGGGCGACCGAGCAGGCAUCAAAUGGGUCUGGGGUGUCUGUGGCGAGUGUGAAUUCUGCACCAACGGCACCGACGAGCUCCAUUGCCCCAAACAGAAGAAUUCCGGCUUCACUGCCGCGGGUACCUUCCAGCAAUACGCCCUCAGCGACGGACGUUACACCACACGUAUCCCCGAAGGUGUCAAGGACGAAGAGGCUGGCCCGAUCAUGUGUGGUGGUGUGACGGCAUAUGUUGCUUGUAAACGAAGUGCGGUUAAGCCCGGCCAGUGGAUUGUGCUUCCCGGUGCUGGUGGAGGUCUUGGGCAUUUUGCAGUGCAGUACGCUAAGGCUAUGGGUAUGCGAAUCAUUGCUAUCGAUGGCGGCGACGAAAAACGCGACCUGUGCAAGAAACUCGGUGCCGAAGAAUUCAUCGACUUUACCAAAAUCAAAGAUGUUGCGGCCGAAAUCAUGAAAAUUACCACCUACGGCGCUCACGGUGUCAUCGUAACGGCAGCAACCAAACAAGCUUAUGAAUCUGCCCCGGGAUUCCUUCGUCCAGGAGGCACUGUUGUUGCCGUGGGUCUGCCGAAGGACCCAACUGUUCUAGCUGGAGCUCCGCCUCUCAUGCUGUGUCUGAGAAAGCUCAAUAUUGUCGGCAGCGUGGUAGGAACACUGAAGGACGUCGAAGAGGCCCUAGACUUUACAGCACGGGGACUCGUGCAUCCUAUCUUGACGAAAGGCACGCUAGAGGAUGUUGACAAGUACAUGGACCUGAUGAUAGCUGGUAAGCUUGCAGGAAGAGCUGUGUUGAAAGUCUAAUGAUUACCUUGGCCCAUGCCUGGAGGGAAGUCUGUCACGGGAGGACAGAAUGGUCAACAGUAACAAC